AUGUCCAAGAACAGCAAGGUCGCGAAGGGCAAGGCUGGACUGGCUCAUCUUACCAAUACUGGUGGCCUUGCGGAUAUUAACCGCCAGAUCUUGCUCCGUUCUGCCGACGAUGAAUCAGCCUGCCAUUCUCAUUGCAUUUGCUCUGAAGGAGGCCACAAAUUGGGCUGGGAUUACUACCUGCUCAUGUCGAUAUUCCUUGAAGUUCCCGACGAGUAUCCCAGGGACAUUUUUCCUGAGUGGUUGAAGGCGAGGCGAAUCGAAAUGCAGAACGAAUUGGCUUCAACACGAGUGACGAGGGGCGCAAAACAGAGAUUCUCAAAACACCAGUUUGGGUGUUACCACAAAAGAACGAUGAAGAAAAACAGGCAAACCCCCAGGAAAGGCUCAUCAGAAUGCCAUGCGCUGUAUGGAGAUUCCUCGUCGUCGCACUCGGCAGCGUCGCAAUCGCGUGCUGAGUCAGCAAUUCCCGGUCUUGGCGGCGUCGCCGCCCUCCUGCAGACGUUGUUGAUAUCCCCAAUGCCCGGAUAUCCAACUCAUGUCCGAAAAUGA